UAUGGUUAAUAUAAUACGUUAAAUUUAAGAAUAAAAGUGUUUUCGUUUGUCAAAUAUUUAUAGGGCCGCUGCAAUGACCUUACGUACGGUUUUACUCUCACUUCAAGCAUUGUUGGCUGCUGCCGAGCCUGAUGAUCCACAAGACGCAGUAGUAGCAUAUCAAUAUAAAGACAAAUACCAGUUGUUUCUUAUGACGGCUAAGCAUUGGACAAAUAUAUAUGCUGGAGGUCCCCACAAAUUUACUGAGUGUGAUUCGAAAAUUCAACGCCUAAAAGAUAUGGGGAUUGAUGAGCAUGAUGCGCGGGCCGUUUUGUCGAAAGAAAACUGGGAUUUGGAAAAGGCAACAGAGAACUUGUUUAGUUAGCUUCCUUUUUAUUUAUAAAAACACAUAUUUUAUGGAAAUAAGAAUUUAUCAAAAAUA